UUUUUUCUUUCUUUAGUUGAUUCUUUUGAUGUUUAAUUUGAUCUUUGGAUUUUUCAAUUCGCCUUCAACAGCUCAACAUCAUAGAAAAAAACGUCAACCAUCAUUACCUAAUAGUUUUUUUCCAACCAAUAAUGAUAUACAACCACUGUCUCCUUUGACCAUCACUGAUCCUAUCAGUGUACCCCUCUCUUAUCAAAAUAGCCAAGAUAGCGCCAAUGGCUCAUCACUUGAUAGCACCGACAGUUCCCUUGGUCCCCCAACCCCACCUUCACAACAUCCACAUGUUUCAUCAUCCUUAUGGUCCAUUUUGUCAGAAGGAAACGAAGACGAAUUUAUCAUGCCUUGCGAGAAAAGAAGAACCAAUCAUCAUCAUGCUCUUGUCAUAAAAAAAGCAGCACCAAUCAUAAGCGCAACUCCAGUAGAAGCCAUCAUCACCACAUCCAAAAAUAGUUCCAGUAGGGUGGAAGAUCCAACGGAGUUUUCCGAGACCAAGCAACCGGAGAAGGAAGAAGCUUCCUUCAUACCCCAUGAUGAUGUAUUAUGCAUGGAUAAAAAUGAUUUUGGUUCGACUACUAGUCUCUUUCAAUAUCAUCAAGGUCGUCGUUACUAUGCCAUUCGAUCCCUACGUGAAAAUCCUGAUCAUCUUCGGAUGGUGGUGGCCGAAAUCAAUAUGAUGCGUGUCAAUAAACUCGUGUCUCCUUUACGACCAAGAGCCAUCUUAUUAGAACGAUCAGAUCCUUUUAUACCAUGUCAACCAAGUCCUUUAAAAUGUUGUCUAUAGCACUGUCCCCUUAUUUUAUCAUGUACAUAUAAG